UAGGAGGGUCGAUGUUUUUUUUUGGUAGUUCGGGGGGUUUAUCUGAACACAUACCCGAAGAAAAAAUUAAUGUGCCAAUUUUUUCCUUUUUAAAACCGCUAUUUGCCUGCUCUAUAAGAUAGUGAAAGCAUUUUACGUAUGUUUCACAUACUGCAUACUGCGCAUGGCAGGUUGGUGGCGUCACGCGGCAGGGCAACCAAUGGGGUGCAACGUUGCACAAUGUGAACAGAUUUGAUGCGUGCGCAGUACAAACUUACGUAAAAUGCGUUGUAUCUUAAGAGAAUAAUCUAUAUUUCCAUACUUCUUUAAGAAAAAUGUGCUUUCUCAUUUCUCAUUCUGCAUCCUCGUGUUUUAUAAUUCAUUUUCAUCCUCAUUUAGUGAAGGUAUAAUAUUAUUAUUCGUGUGUUUCGAUUUCGAAUGAAGAAUCUUGGUUAAAAGCGAUUACAACCGGAGUUUCCAUUCUAAAUCUACAUUCGAGUGAAAUCAUUCAUUGCGGUGAUUCCUCUGAUUAGUUCUCUUCGCAAAGUAGAGGUACUUGUUCAUUUACGUACAGCGGUAUAUCGCAGCUUGUCAACACAACUCGUACAACCGGUCACUUUGAGUAUGGACAGCAGUAACGAUACCUCUGAUCAAGUCGCAUCGAAACCCACCCCUGAAGAAGUCGAUACUCCCAAAGAAGAUAAUACGAUCAGCGACCCUCUCAGUAUUGGAAACAGUAAAGACGAUCCUGCCCAAUCCACACCGAAACCCUGCUCUGAAACCGAAGUUAAUACUGAAAGUAAUGCUGUCGGUGCUGUCGAUGAUGCCACGUGUAAACGUUCUCGUGAUGAUGAACAGUGCUCGCCAGCUUCAAAGAGGAGUAAAAAUUCAUCGGAUGAAGUGCCUUCAUUCGAAAAUCAUUCAAAUCGAUUAAAAUUUGCCUUCGACGAGUACAAUGAUCCGAUAGAUAUUUUGGCUCAGAACGCUUGUACACGAAGCGAACCGUUAAAAGGACGCAUAUCGAAUAGCAGAGUUCCAGACCUGAUCGAAGAAUAUGAUGAUUUGAUACUAGAAGACAAAGAGCGUGAAAAGGAAGGAGUAGCUAGAAAAGAGGAUUGUUAUUUUCGAAACACUCAACCCCUGGAAUAUGUGAAUGAAUACGAUUUUUUAAUAUUCGAAGACGAAGAGCGUAAAAAGGAUGAGCUAGCUAGAAGAAGAGAAUUAGGUGAGGAGCAAUUGAUGAGGAGACUCGCGCUAGAGUAUGCGGAGAUUAUGGCGAGUGGAGGAAGUACUGAAGAGUUUCUGAAAAGAGUAGGUAUUCGCUAGGUUAGUAGAUGAAUGAUGACUUUCGCAUUCUAGAGUAAGAUAUAUUUUGUUUGUUGUUUCAAUGUAUGGCUUUGUUAAUUUGAUCGAAUAUUUAUAUUGUUUAUAUUUUCAAGUGCGUUGUAAAUUAUUUUCUUUUGAAAAAUUCAUGUUCGUUCAGCGAAGAUGGCUUUGUUAGUUUAUGGAAACUUUGAUUUUGAAAAAUAGUCAAAUAUUCUAUUCAUACAUGACAAGUCUGUUGUAUAUUAUUCUUUCUAAAAAAUUACACUGAACUGAACUGUUUAUAUAUUCAUAUUGUAUUAAUU